CAGCAACAGUUUGCUUUAUAUCUGUGGAAUACUCCUGUACAAAUAAUCUUCAAAUCUGUUAGGAGAAACGAAGAUCGACAAAGAAGAAGAAAACUAACCCGUUACUCGGAUAUGUAACUACAGUUCAUUUGCCCAGCUGAUCAGAGCUAAAGCUAUAAAAAAAUUAAUAUUUAUAAAUAGUAAAAUUUUGCAAAUUUAUAAUUUUGUAUACAAGUAUUUGCUACCAAAACAUUUACAAAUCAAGUGUGACCGCAUGCAAUUUUUUAACUCACAUCUUGAUUGUAUUCCAAAUCAAGAUAAAGGAAAAGACGUGAGGGAAAAAUUAAAUCCUGUUCUAACCAUUGGACAACUACGACAUGAGUAUGCCGAGCCAAAACGAAAAAUUACGUUUAAGUGAAGAAAAGGCAAGGAGUUGGCUUACAUCCAUAGAUCCUUCCGAUUUAGAUGAUUUGGAAUCAGUUGUGGAUUCAAUUGUCGAUUCGGAUUUACGAGACUCCAGUGACACAGAAUCAGGUGAAGAGCAUGCAUUGGGUACUCGGAGUAUUAACCAACCAACGAAACUAACAACAAACCAUCUCUCCGAUUCUGACGAAGAGCAAUACAAUGACAUAUCCCAGCUAAAAUUGUCCAAUGAGCUCAAUGGCUUGGAACAAAUCGUUAGCCGUUUAGCUCCACCAUCUUUUGGUAAUGUUAGCAUGAACAACUGUAGCAAUGUUGUUUUGGGCAAUAUCAUAAAGUUGAAAAUCAAUGUCAAAAAUGACAAGGACGAAGAAAGUACUUGUGCCGAAGAACGAGAGGAAAACACAGGAGUGGAGCAGCCUGUUAUAGUAAACCGAACCAAAAAACCAGUUUAUAGGCCAGCUUGCCUUAUCAUACCAAGAGCUAGAUGGUUAGCAAUGGAACCUUUGAAUGAUUACAAUCCCAUUGAUGUGCCAGUAGAUUUAGUCAUAAUUUCCCAUACAGCAACAACAAGUUCCACUAAACAGGCAGAAAAUAUUGGAAUUAUACGAGAUAUACAAACCUUUCACAUUGAGACUCGUGGCUGGGAUGAUAUUGGAUACAAUUUUCUAAUUGGGUGUGAUGGAAAUGUGUAUGAAGGUCGCGGCUGGGGCGUUGAAGGUGCCCACACAUUCAAGUACAAUAAUUUGUCCAUAGGAAUUUCGUUUAUUGGAUGCUUUAUUCAAAAAUUGCCUUCACCGCGAGCUCUGGAAGCAUGUAAAAAUUUGCUAAAACUUGGAGUGGAAGAAGGUCACUUAACUACAAAUUUCAAAUUAUUGGGGCAUCGACAAUGCAUGAGUACCCAAAGCCCCGGUAAUACUCUAUACGAUGAAAUAAAAACAUGGGAACACUUUCAAGACUUACCACAAGUGGAUAUGGAACCGGAUGCAAAAUGAUUGACGGAAAUGUUUGAAGAAUGUUCUUCUGAAACAAAGAAUUUAAAUGUGAUGACAAAUUUGAGCAACUCAAGGAGUUCUUCUUUACUAGUUUUACCAAAUGUAUAUUAGUUACUUUAUGCAUUUGUAAGUAUAUACUUUACGAUUCUAUUUUACCAAUAGAUUUGUGCUUGGCAUUACCUCAAAGGUUAAAUUCAAUUUAACUUCAUGUAAUGGAACAUACAUUGUUUUU